GCUGCUUGUUUCUUUUAAUACCACUACUUCACCUGCGGACUCCAGUUAAUUAGGUGCUAUCUGCUGGGACGCCCUGACCUGCUGUGCUGUCCGUUUGUCGCUGGUCCAGGCAAUUGUUUUGGUCUUGGUGAGUCCUCGAACUGCCAGCUAUCUAUCUACCUAGCUAGCUCCGCCGGCCUAGCUACAACGACCUCUACUGAACUCCCUACUGUAGCUUCAUCCCACGAUACCGAUAUCAUACGAGACCGCAAAUCCCUCUUCGCGGCCCCUCCACUACAGUUCCAUACUUAUGUCGUCCAGUCAAUCCCACAGCUCAUCAUGAUCGUCAGGAGCCUCCUGUUGGCCGGCAGCCUGCUGCUAGCCAGCGUCGUGCCGGCCUCCCUCACCCUUGCAAAGUCCGAUGGGCCCCAGAUCACAGUUAAGGAGUUCGACAAAGCGCCCCUAAACGUCCACUACUUCGAGGACACAGACACCAUCAUCCUGUCCGGCGACAAGGCAGAGCUCUACAUCUCGACCGACGCCGCCGCCUCCUGGGACCUGCUCAAGGGGAAAAGCGGCCUCUUGUUCCCCAACAAAUAUCAUACUCAGAGCGCGGUGAUCUACGGGCCCAAUCGCAAGCACUGGGUCACCUUUGAUGCGGCGAAGACAUGGCGCGAGUUCGAGGUCCCCGAUAAGCUGGCCUUCGGAGGUAGCUUUAUGCCGUUUACUUUCCAUGGAAAAGAUGCUGAAAAGGUCAUUAUCAAUGCAGAGGAGUGUCAGUUUAUGACCUGCAGGCGUGUGACGUAUUAUACCACCGACGGAUUCAAGACCGUCAAGAGGCUGUUCGAGGGCGAUAUGGGCUGCUUUUGGGCAGUGGGUAACCCGGUCUUUGGCGAGGGUGAGCCUCAUCUGCCGGAUAAGCUCGACGAUCGAGUGUUUUGCAUCUGGCCUCACGCCACCCCGCUCGACCUGACGCGCCGUCUAAUCUAUUCCGAUACCUACUUCAGUGACCGCAAGGCCGUGGCGGUCGAAGCGGCUGGCAGGGACAUCAAGGGGGUCAACAACAUGGCUUGUGUCAAGAAGUUUUUGAUUCUGGCUGCUUCGUCGGUAGGAACCUCGGAGGCCGCGAUAUACGUUAGCAAAGAUGCUGUGCAUUGGGACCGGGCGGACUUUUACGGUGGCCCCAAGGUACGGGGAGGCAAGUUUACUGUCCUCGAGUCUACCAACUAUAGCAUCCAGGUCAACGUUGCAUCGCGCAGAUCCAGAGUACCCAUCGGAAGCUUGUUCACCUCCGACUCCACCGGUACCUCCUUCACCAUGAACCUCGACGGCGUCAACGAGGAUAAGGACAUGAUCACCGACUUUGAGCAGGUCUCCGGCAUCCAGGGCAUUUUCCUCGUUAACAUCGUCCAGAACGCUGAAGAGGUUAAAAAGGGUGCCACCAGGGAGAAGAAGUUGGUCAGCCGCAUCUCCUUUGACGAUGGCAGAACCUUCAAGCCGCUGAAGUGCGGCGAUAAGGAGCUCCACCUGCAUUCCAUCACCCGGCCGUCCAACAUCGGUAGGACAUACUCCAGUCCGGCCCCGGGCCUCAUCAUGGGCGUUGGGAAUACCGGAGACAAGCUUGGAACCUAUGAAACUGGCGACACAUUCGUUUCCAACGACGCGGGCGUCACUUGGCGCAAGGCCCUGGAUAAAGCUCACAAGUACGAAUUUGGUGACCAGGGCUCUCUGCUCGUCGCCAUAUUCGACGAAUACAAGGACAAAUUAUUCACGGACGAAAUAUCUUACUCGCUCAACCAUGGCAAGGACUGGAAGAAGGCCAAGCUGCCUCACAAAAUCACCGCCUUGCAACUCACGACCACGCCGGACUCGACCUCUCUCCAGUUCCUGCUCGUGGCAGAGGACGAGAAGAAGAAGUUCUACGUCAUGUCAAUUGACUUUAGCGAUGUCCAUGAGCGCAAAUGUGAAAAGAAGGACUUUGAGCGCUGGCCCGCUAGGUUGGAUGAAAAGGGCGAACCGGACUGUCUCAUGGGCCACAAGCAGUUCUACAGACGAAGAAAAGCCGACGCAGACUGCUUCGUCAAGGAGAAGUUCAAGGAACCCUUGCCUGAAACUGAGCCCUGCCAAUGCACCAAGGAAGAUUUCGAGUGUGCCGCUGGCUUCCUGCGCAACAAGGACUACGAGUGUGAACCCCAUCGCAAGAUGUCGCCCCCAGAGGGCAAAUGCAAAAACCACGACGACAAGUUCAUGGGACCUUCGGGAUACCGCUUGAUUCCCGGAGAUGACUGUCUCAAGAAGGGCGGAGUUGACCUUGAUAAGGAAGUAGAGCGGACCUGCAAGGAUGCCACCAAGGCUCCCGUCAGCGGCCAGAUCUCCGUCGAAACAACCCCCUUCAAGACCAAGAAUCUUAAUUACCGCUACCUUGAACGCAGUGAUACCAGCUCCGGAGACGACGAGACCGUCAUCUUGAGAACAGAUGACGGGGACCUCUUUGUCACCAGAGACCAUGGUAAAACAUGGCAACGCGGUAAAUUCAAAGAGCCCAUCUCCCUAUACAUUCCUCACAAAUACGACAACGACGUCAUCUACCUUCUCACCGAAGGCAAGAAGGCAUACUGGAGCAUCGACAGAGCGCAUUCCUUCCAUUCCUUCGAAGGAAAACUGCCCAUCACCAGAACACUAGGCACCCAGCCUCUAUACUUCCACCCGGACCACCCAGACUGGCUGAUCUGGAUCGGCGGACAGGACUGCAAGGGCAAGAAAUGCACCGAUCUAGCGUACUAUUCGAAAAACCGCGGAGACGAAUGGGACCUGCUCCUCCGUGGCGUAGGCAAAUGCAUGUUUGUCGGCAAGGAAGGCGAACUUACAGCGGACGACCUGAUAUUCUGCUCGCAGCAUGAGCACGAGGAUCCAUCCAAGAGCCUCCGCCUGAUUUCCAGCGAUGACAUGUUCACCAAGAAAACAUCCGUCCAUUUCGACGGCAAGCCUAUCGUCGGAUACGCGAAGAUGUCCGAGUUUAUCGUCGUAGCUACCAAGAACGGCACGGAGCUUUCGUCCUUCACCAGUGUGGACGGCAAGACCUUCGCUCACGCUGCGUUCCCGCCUAAUUACCACAUCGAUGCUGAAUACGCAUAUACCGUUCUAGACAGCUCGACGCAUUCCAUCUUCCUGCACGUCACUGAUCAUCCUGCCAAAAUGCACGAGUUCGGCAGUAUUCUCAAGAGUAAUAGCAACGGCACAUCCUACGUCCUUAGUCUGCCCAACGCCAACAGGAAUGACCGAGAUUACGUUGACUUUGAAAAGAUCCAGGUCGUUGAGGGCGUUGCACUGGCGAAUAUAGUUAUCAACCCGGACGAAGUGAAGGCUAAGGGACAAGACAAGAAGUUCAGGUCCCUGAUCACGCACAACGAUGGAUCUGAAUGGGCUCUUCUGCCUCCUCCCAAGAAAGACGUUGAGGGGAAAAGCUUCGACUGCAAGGUCAAGGACAAGGGCACGGAAGAUUGUGCCCUGCAUCUCCACGGAUUCACUGAGCGCCGCGAGAACAGGGACUCGAUGUCUUCUGGUUCUGCCGUCGGAUUGAUCAUUGGUGUUGGAAACGUAGGCUCCUCCCUAACACCCCGGGCUGAAAGCGACACCUACAUGAGCCGUGAUGCGGGCAUUACCUGGCACCAGAUCAAAAAGGGUCGAUACCAGUGGGAAUUCGGCGACCAGGGAUCCAUCGUCGUCAUUGUUGCGGAGGAGAAGCCAACAAAGGUCCUUUCGUACUCGCUUGACGAAGGCGAGACAUGGACGGAUUUCGAAUUCAGCGACAAGGAGGUGACGGUUGAAGAUAUCUCGACCGUUCCAUCGGAUACAUCGAGGAAUUUCAUCCUUUGGUGCCGGCCUGGUUCUAGCAAUGAGAUUGUGGCGUAUAACGUUGACUUCUCUGGUCUCAAGGAGAGAGAGAAGCAGUGUGUACUCAAGAAGGAGUCACCUGAGGCUGAUGAUUAUUACCUCUGGUCCCCCAAACACCCUAUGCAAAAGGACAAUUGUCUAUUCGGUCAUGUUUCGAUGUAUCAUCGCAAGAGGCCUGAGGCAAAGUGCUACAACGGCCCGAAGCUCGAUAGACUGAGCGCCGAGAAGAAGAACUGCCAAUGUACCCGCCAGGACUACGAAUGUGACUACAACUACGAACGCCAGUCAGACGGCUCCUGCGCUCUAGUCAAGGGCCUCAAACCUGCUGACCCAAUGCAAAUCUGCAAGGACGACCCAGAGGCCAUCGAAUACUUCGAACCAACAGGCUACCGCAAACUCCCCGUCAGCACCUGCGAAGGCGGCCACCAACUCGACCACCUCGUCGCACGCCCCUGUCCCAAUAAAAAGAAAGAAUUUGACGAAAAACACCCCGGCAUCGGCGGCAUCGGCCUGUUCUUCGCCAUCUUCUUCCCCGUCGCCAUCGCCACGGGCGUAGGAUACUGGGCCUUCUCCAAAUGGGACGGCAAAUUCGGCCGUAUCCGACUGGGCGAGUCUCAGCCUGAAUCUAUCUUCUCAAGAGACUCCCCCCUCAUCUCUGUACCAGUCACUAUAGUCGCGGGCACCGUGGCUGUGAUUACCGCUCUCCCAUUACUAUUUUCGAGCCUCUGGAGGAGUUUCAGAGGGUAUACCCGACUCCCUGGGUCAUGGGGACAGAGACAGAGACCGUAUGCUUCGCGAGGCGCCUUUGCCGCUCGGAGAGGCGAGUAUGUUGGCGUUGUGGAUGAUGAGGACGAACUUCUUGGAGCUGAGGAGUUUGAAGGUGAUGAAGAGGAAGACGUGUGA